GUGCUAUUGUGCCAACCACACGUUCAGUUUAAUCUUUCAGUCUGAAAAUUCCCUCGGCGGAAGUUAUAUUGUUGCUUUGCUCGCCUAGCCUUGCACGGCUCAUCCAUCCAUCCAUUUCCGACCCCUUGUCCCUCCAUUUGGGCUAAACAAGCUGGUUGGAGUUCGACACAUUUGGGUCGUCUCUUGUUACUUUCCAUGUAUUCCGGUUGUUUUGGCAGCCUACCUUUUUGAUUUUGUUGGAACCUCCGUGAGUUUGAGGCGAGCUAUGGUCUUAUCAACAUCUCAGCAAGUCGCCUUGGCGUUUACGGCGGUGAUGUUGACGUUUGUGGUUUUCCCCAAGAUGUUCAGCAUUGGCGGAGGUAAUGAUGUGAAGGAAACCGGGCGCGACUCCCGAUACGUCAGAAAAGGUGGUCCUGGUCUGAGGGGUCCAGCUGCCAGCGUAAGCGCCCCAAGUUCCCAUCAGUCUCCUGAAAGCGUCCUACAGAUGAAGAAGCUGAUGGAGCAGGAGAUGAAGAGUAACAAGUACAAAUCCAACAACAACAACAAGGGCUAUGUGUUCACGCUCAUGCCGCUCUACGCCAUAGGGGUCGGAGUUUUUGCGGCUUACAAGUUUCUGAAGAUCAAGUCUUCAGAUGACCAGGCACAAAAGGACAAAUUUGCAAAAGGGGCCAAAAAGUCUGUAGAAGCAGAAAACCAGUUGAAUGAACUGGAACAAAGGCUUGCCCAAACAGAGCGAAUGCUCAAUUCCAUUCUCACCCAGUUGGACCCGCUCACCAACUGUGCAAAGAAUGUGGCCCAGGAGCAAAAGAACGAGAUCAUGUCCCAACUGCAGACCAUCCGCCGCUUGAUGAAAAAGAGAGGAAUGGACUGUCCGCCAUUAAACGAGCCCUGCUUUGAGCAAAAUCUGGACAACCUGAUUGAAACGCUGGGUGCCAGCGACACCUCGGCCACUGAUGUUUCCAGUGUGGACACGCAGAUGUCCACAGCAGUGGACACAGCUGUUGGAGGCUGUCCAACACCUCAACAAGGAGUUUUAGCAGAAGGUGAGGCUCAACAAGGAGGACUGAAAGGCGAUGUGGUGGAAGAAAAAGGAGAUGAUGAGGCAGAGGAAGUAGAAGACACUGAUCAAGAGGAAAAAGAUGGUGAGGAAGAGCAGGAAUAUGAGGAGAUAGAUUUUGUGAGUUCACUGGAGGACACAAACUCUGAGGAGACUGGAGGAGUACAACAGGUGUGCGGCCUUAGGCAACGUUCUAGAAUGAGCUAACUUCACCACUCCUGGGCUCUGUCUCAAUUGGACAACUUCAAUUAGUAUACCUUGUACAGUAUACUUAGUUCUUGAGUGUGCACAUUUUGACAGUGUCGUGCUGUCUUCAGUCCAUUACACUUAUUACACACUUACAGGAAUAAUAAUUGCUAUAUUUACUUCCACUGGAGUUGGUCCCUCCCCUUCUGCUAGGUAGCUAAGAUGGCGACUUUUGAGGGUGUAUAGACUGUUUUUAAGUGCAUCAUUCGGGCACUGAUAGUGCAGUGCUUUUUGCUGUACUUCUCAUUGGGAAUGUACAGUACUUAUCCACUCAAAAGUCCAAGUAUGUAAAUGCACCAGUUGAGACACAGCCCCACCCCCUCGAUAAAUUAUAUUAAUAAUUUUAAUAUUAUUCCAAAAUGUGGAUUUUUUAUGAGUUGGUCUUCCGCAAAACAGUGCAUUUUAUGACUUUAUAGGGCUGUAGUAGUAGCUGGGUGUAUGCAUACUAUUUGUGUUUUACCACAGUGUCUUAAAAGGGAAUUAUUCUUUGACAACACUAGGAGGAGCCCUUGUGUAAUUCCUGUUUCAUAAAGUACUGAGCCUGAGCUGCUGAUAACAGAAGUGUCUGAAUAUGUUGUGUGUUGUAUGUAAUAAAACAUAGGUUUUAGUGAUUUGUCCACUGCA